AUGCUUACCAGUGCGUCAGGGGCUAUCGUUCGUAUCGCGCCGAACGAAUAUUCCAUUGACGAUCCAACCGCAGUCAAGACGCUGUAUGGACCCGGUACAUCGUUCAUCAAAGGCCCCUGGUAUGAUGGAAGCCAUAAUAUCGGUGACGAAAAAGUCGGCAUCUUCGCGGUGAGAGACCCAAAGGCCCAUCACACUGAGAAGCGCAAGAUCGCAUCAUUGUAUUCAGUGUCUUCCGUGGUGAAGAUGGAAGCCGCCGUGAAUGGGUGCCUGGAGCUACUGACCGAGAAGUUCCAAGAAAUCUCGCGCAACGCAGACAUCAUUGAUCUGCAGUGGUGGAUGCAAUGCUAUGCGUUCGACGUAAUUGGCGAGAUCACGCUGGGGCGACGUUUCGGCUUUCUAGAUGCCGGCAAAGACCCAAUAGACCUUGUCCAUGCUAUAGAUGAUGUCCUCACUUAUGCCGCUCGCGUUGGCGUUUAUCCAGAGCUCCAUUACACCUUCUCAAAGUUAAGGAGUAUCUCAGGCCCGAGUGGAUUGAGCCGGGCGACAGCCUUUGCGGCAAGACAAAUUCAGGAAUACAAAACAAAACUCACAUCGUCUGAUGACCUACUGAAGUCUGACGCAAUGCUACCCCAGCUGCUAAGACUGCAUGAUCAGAAACCCGAUGUCGUGUCCGAAGGCGAUAUCAUCCGAACCUGCGCAAUGAACGUUGUCGCCGGUAGCGACACCACGAGUAUCAGUCUCACUGGUAUCCUUUGGGCUCUUAUGAAAAACCCAACGGCCAUGACGAAGCUCCGGGCUGAAGUCGACGAACUAUAUGAAAGUGGCAACGUUUCAGAUCCCGUAUCCUUUGCGGAGGCUGGCCGGAUGCCGUAUCUACAGGCAGUAAUCAAAGAGGGUAUCCGAUUGCAUCCUGCUACAGGGCUUCCCCUGUCUCGGGUGGUUCCUAAAGGUGGUGCUACCAUUGCCGGUAGAUACUUCCCCGAAGGAACCGUCAUUGGGAUUAACCCAUGGGUAGCUCAUCACAACAAGUCUGUUUUCGGCGAGGAUGCCGAUGAGUUCAGACCCGAGAGGUGGUUAGUUUCAGCCGAGGAAGGGCAAGCAAUGGACAGAUAUUGGCUACCGUUUGGCCACGGCUCCAGAACAUGUAUCGGCAAAAAUAUCUCCCUACUUGAAAUGUCUAAACUUAUCCCGCGCAUCAUACGCCGGUUUGACUUUGAACUAGCAAAUCCACACAUGAAGCUGGAGACGAGCAAUGUCUGGUUUGUAAAACAAACCAAUGUUCAGAUCAGGCUACGUGAGAGAAAGCAUUAA